UUGAUGAAUUACAGGUUCAUACUGGUUUUCAUCUUGUUGAUGAAUUACCGGUUCAUUCUGGUUUUCAUCUUCUUGUUGAUGAAUUUCAGGUUCAUACAAGUUUUUAUCUUGUUGGUGUAUUACAAGUUCAUCCUGGUUUUCAUCUUGUUGAUGAAUUACAGGUUUAUCCUGGUUUUUAUCUUGUUGUUGAUGAUGAAUUACAGGUUCAUCCUGGUUUUCAUCUUGUCGAUAAAUUACAUGUUCAUCCUGGUUGUUUUCCUGUUCAUACUGGUAUUCCUCUUGAAGUACAGAUUCAACUUGGUUUUCAUUGUGUUGUUGAUGAAUUACAGGUUCAACUUGGUUUUCAUCUUGAUGAAUUACAGGUUCAUACUGGUAUUCCUCUUGUUGAUGAAUUACAGGUUCAUACUGGUUUUCGUACUGGUUUUCAUGUUGUCGAUAAAUUACAUGUUCAUCCUGGUUUUUUUCCUGUUCAUACUGGUUUUCAUCUUGUUGAUGAAUUACAGUUUCAUACUGGUAUUCCUCUUGUUGAUGAAUUACAGGUUCAUCCAGGUUUUCAUCUUGUUGUUGACGAAUUACAGGUUCAUCCUGGCUUUCAUCUUGAAUUACAGGUUCAUCCAGGUUUUCAUCUUGAAUUACAGGUUCAUCCAGAUUUUCAUCUUGUUGUUGACGAAUUACAGGUUCAUCCAGGUUUUCAUCUUGAAUUACAGGUUCAUCCAGGUUUUCAUCUUGUUG